AUGAUGAUAUUUAAAAAAAUUCUACAAGGCGGGAAGAAAGAGAACUCAGAAACCCUAGGCUCUGCAACUACUGUUUUGCUCUCCUCAAUUAGUGCUUCUCGCUUCACGUCACUUCCGGCAGGAGAAUACGAAGUCUUCUUGAGUUUCAGAACUCCAGACACUCGCGACACUUUCGCUGAUUACCUGUACGACGAUCUCGAAUGUGCAGGAGUUCGCACCUUCGGAUUCGAAAAUGAGCUGUGCGAAGGAGAUGAGAUUCGCCCCGAACUACUCAACGCAAUCGUGAAAUCGAAGAUUUCAAUUCCAAUCUUAUCAAAGAACUAUGCUUCCAGUAAAUGGUGCCUCCGCGAGCUCGCACAGAUGGUGGAGUGCAGGAGAGCUACGGGACAAUUGAUUUUGCCCAUUUUCUACGACGUGAAACCCUCUGAUGUGAAGCAUCAAACUGGGAGUUACGAGGAGGCCUUACGCGAGCACCAGAGCUGUUUUGACGAAAGGACUGUUAAGCAAUGGAAGGCGGCAUUGAGAGAGGUUGGAGCUCUCGAGGGUUGGCAAGUGAAGAAAAAAACUUACGGCCAAAAACCCCAAAGCUCAAACACAGCUUCUAUCUUCCUAAAAAAGAAUCUCAGCGUCCAUUUCUUAACGCUUAGCCAUGCCCAGAGAAGGAAGAUUUCCAAACGGCAGGUUGAGACCUCUUAUGCAGCAAACUAA